CGAAUUAUCAUCGUUUCCAUUUCCAGGUUUACUGCUGUGAUCUAGCCUCAAACAGAACACAGAACCGGGCGUGAAGGGAUUAAUAGUUUGCUAAUCAAUGACUGAUUUUGACUGUGAUAUCUGAACUUUGGCUCGUGGAGUUUCCUUCUCAGUGUGCUGUGUGAGCACCGCUGUGUGAGUCCUCUUUGAUGUCGGACUCUGGGGGAAUGUUUGCUGCUACAAGAUUGGAUUAGGAUAUUCAGGGCUGAACGAAGAACAGAUGUAGGCAUCUCUUCCUCCGCGUCACGCAUCAGGCACCUCGACCCACAACAUCCCUGGUUUUGUUGUAAAAGAGCCAGGGGGAGAUAGAGAGAUAGAAAAGAUGUAAAGCUUGCGAUGCUGAUUCUGAUAGAGACUAAAGAAACAAGAAAUGUAGCCAAAGAAGAGAUUAAAAAAAGCAGAGCCAGGACCCAGGGAAGGUGUCUCAUUGAGAAGACGUGCGUCCUGCCAGCUAAGACUCGUCCUGGAGACAGGAGGAUGAGGUAGUGUUUACGCCAGGAGUUCACUGCGUCUCUGCUGGGUUUUCCAUGUGGAAGGAUAGAGAGACAUGGCAGCUAUGCGGACAUGGGCCUUUCUCCUGCUCUGGUUCAGGAUGUCAACACAGGAAAAAAAAACAGACGUCCACGUCACCUGCGUGUUUUCCGAGGACUGCGUCCUGCCUUGCAGCUUCCAGCCCUCCAGCGACCAGGUCAUCCGAUGGCUGCGACAGGAAGUGGUCAUCUACACCCUUCGGCUACGGGACGGCGAGGACGGCGAGGACGACGAGGACGACAAGGACGACCGGUCCGAGCACGAGCAGUACGACGGCCGCGCCUCCCUCUUCCCAAACCUGGUCUCCCAUGGCAACGCCUCGCUGCGUCUGACGCAUUGCGGCCCCAGAGACAGGGGCAGGUACAGGUGUCAGGUGAACUCCACAGCAGGACUGCACGAGGCCCAGGUCAUCGUCAGGGUGGAGGCACCUGUCAGGUCCCUGUCCCUAUCGUUGGAGCUGUCCAGACUCGAUGGCUACGAGGACUUGAAGUGUGCCACUCGUGAUGUCUACCCUGCCCCUCAAAUCGCCUGGGCAACGGACCCCCCCACCGCUGGGGGCCUGCGACCAAACACACGUAUGCUGGCUGACGAACGGGGGCAGUACAACGUGGAGAGCCGGCUCAGGAAGCUGAAGGACCAAUCACAGCUCACCUACAUCUGUCAGGUCAACUCCUCCUACGGGACACAAGUGUGGACGGCCUCGCUCACAGAGAGAGCGAUCAACUGGACGGAGAGAAGGAAUCUCACCAUCCCCUGCCACGCCCCUCCUCACUUCCCUAACCCCUCCCUCUCCUGGAGCUUCACCAAUCACAACAAGCCGGCCAUCAUCCUCACAUACAACAGCAAAGCACAGCAAAGCUCAGUUUCAACACUGUGGAAGGAACGUGUGGUGUUGGACCCGGCCAAGGUGGCGUCCGGCGACGGCUCUCUGUGGUUGCUGGAACCGGACCGCCUGGAGCACAGUGGCGUUUACACGUGUGUUUACGCGUCUCUCAGGACCACGCACACCAUUGUCACGCGUGUCACCAUGACUUCUGACUCAGGAGAGACAAAGUAUCUGGCUGGGGAAUCCAAUUGGUGGAUCGUAGGUCUGGUGAUCGCAUUGCUGGCCCUUGCUCUUGUGGGCAUUCUGGGAUAUCUGAAGAUCAAAGGUGACCAGCCUAAACCCAGCAAGAUGGUGGAGGAGGCCUCUGAGAUGCAUCCUGUCAGAGGAGACCCAGUCAAUGCUGAACCAGGCGAGGACAGUGUCUUGACAGCAGACGAAAGCAACAGACACAGCUAACUCUGACCUGUCUGGGCAAAUAUUAAAUACACGAUGGGGCAGACCCAUGAAGAUUCCUAAUAAAGUUGUGUUAUUGGUGGAUAAAACCUCUGGUAUGUGUUUGUGAAAUCAUGGGAGGCCCUCUGUGCCUAAUCUUGCCUCAUGACAGCCACAUGAUUCACCAAUAAAAAUAGACCUUGAGCUCUAA